CUUCUUCAUGUAUCAUAGUGUAUAUAAAACUACUAUUUUCAAAAGGAGCUGUGGUCUUCGAAUUCGAUUCUUCUCUUCAAUCAAGAAACGGAAGUUAGGGUUUUGUUCAUUUAAUUCAUCUCAGUUUGCUACUUCUUUGGAUUGGUUUGAGUUGACAGUUCUUCAUUUACUCGAUACAGUGAUAUUCGUGUAAGGAUUUCUUCUUGCUGUCAGUAUAUUCUCUGCUUCGUAUAAAAUUUCAAUGAGGAGUUGUUGGAAUAUCGAUUGACUUUAUCAAAAGUUGGAGUUUUAAUUCCGGAAGUUGAAUUCGGAGAUUAGCAUACGAUGAUGUUCGUUAUGAGUAGAUUAGGAAAUUUGGAUCUAUUAUGUGUUGCAAUUUAAGGCUCAUAGUUUUCCUUUAAUGGUGAAGAUGUUAUGCUGAAGUUUAAACUUAUUGAGUUGCAUAUUCACUGGACUAACAAAACACCAUGAAUUCCUCAUCCACUCAGUUUCUCAACUCAAAGAGGAUGGAUGUAUAUGAGCCUAUGCAUCAGUUUAGCAUGUGGGGAGAUUUCAAAGGCAACAUCUAUCAGGAUGCAUCUGCAGCCAUGAUUAUAGAGAUGGAUGCAAAGCUAGACAACCAGUCAGAGGAUGCUUCACACACAACAAUUGGAGCUUCACAUCACUUUGAUCAAGAAGCAAGUAAACCAGGUGAUAAGGUUCAAAGACGACUUGCACAAAAUCGUGAAGCAGCUCGUAAAAGUCGAUUGAGGAAAAAGGCCUAUGUUCAGCAGUUGGAAGCUAGUCGUUUGAAACUGCUUCAUCUUGAACAAGAACUUGAGCAAACUAAGGCACAGGCUGCUUUAUUGAGUGGUGGAGUCAAUGCUAAUCGUCUUGGGAUCCCUGGAACUACAAACUCAGGAAUUGCUGCAUUUGAGAUGGAGUAUGAGCAGUGGGUUGAAGAACAAAAUAAAAAAACUAAUGCUUUAAAGACUGGAUUAAAUGCACCUUUGCCUGAAACAGAGCUUGAUAUACUUGUUAAAGACACUUUGAACCAUUAUGCCAAUUUAUUUAACAUUAAAGCAGCUGCAGCAAAAACUGAUGUCUGCUAUCUCAUAUCUGGCAUGUGGAAAACAUCAACUGAACGCCUUUUCUUGUGGAUUGGUGGCUUUCGCCCUUCAGAGCUUCUCAAGGUACUUGUACCACAGCUUGAGCUGUUAGACCAACAGUCUCAUGAUCUGUCUAACCUGAUUCAAGCAUGCCAGCAAGCUGAAGAUUCUCUGUCACAAGGAAUGGAAAAACUUCAGCAAACUUUAGCUGAAGCUGUUGCGUGUGCCCGUGAUUUAGGAGGAGAUUGUUAUGAAAUGUCUAAUCCAAUGGAGAAAUUAGAAGAAUUAGUACGCCUUGUUAUUCAGGCGGACUUCGUUCGUCAUGAAACCCUACAACAGACGCUUCGCUACCUAACCACCCGACAAGCGGCUCAAGGCUUAAUCUCAUUAGGUGAGUAUUUUCAACGCCUUCGCGACUUGAGUUCAGCGUGGGCCAUGCGGUUAUGUGAACCAGCCUGAACCCUGAACCCUAAACCCUGGUGUCUGUUUGUCUGUGUAUAAAGAAAUAGCAGUAUGUUGGAAGUUUUUCUUUUUUUUUUUUUAAAAAAAAAACAGCCUUCCACAAUUGAGAAGUUUUAUAUUUUAUUCUUCGUCGUGUUGAAAAAGUAGUUGUGUGUAACUAGUUUUUUUAGUCUUUUUUUUUUGUUUGGUUGUAUAUAGUCAUAUAUUGAAGAUAAUUUUUUUUUGUUAGAAUUUGAGACGAUUGGUUGUGGUAUGGUUUUUAUACGUUGUACAAAGUAGGAUCGUAUAGAAGUUGGUUGAAGUUACUAAAA